AUGGAGAAUUUGAUACGUUUGAUCCGCCUUGUAGGCUGGUUUGCUUCAACUUGUGAGAGCUCUGUUCACUACGUCACACCGUUCUUUUGCACCUCCCAGAAUUAUAUGGUUAAGGACUCCCAUAUCAUUUGGGUUUAUGACAAAGUGAAUAGGAAGAAACGUAAGGUGACUCUUAGACUCUCUUCCAGAGAUAAGCGAGACCGUAAGAAGACUGAAGUCUCUACUUUUGUCAACUUCAUCCAUCAAAAGGAUGCAUUAAUAGCCAUGGGAGUCAUUUCUAAAUUGUAUGAGGUAAAUGAACCUAUUUACACCGUACAUGAGAAUUUCAUUAGUAAUCCCUUAGUAAGCGUGCACUUACCGUACAUCUACCUGGAAGUAUUGAGAGAGCUGGGCCCACCCCUUCGAUUCAUUAAUUCUUUUAUCUAUGAAAAUCUAGUUAGACUUGCUAAAGAUCGUGGUGAUGAUAAAGAGAUUCUUGGCUUGGAAGAAAAACGGUUCACUGAGAUGGUUCUUACAGAAGACUUGAUAGACCAGUUAUUUGCUUGUAUUUUACCAGAAACCAUAAAAAUGGACAAGGAGAAGCUUAAAGUGUGGAGAGCCAACAUCAGUCGUUUUAAAACGUUCUACUUCGGGUAUACCCGCUUUGUAUGCUGUGAGGAUCCUAGCAGUGGCUCAAAGGAUAUGAAAUGGAAUGAUCAUGUGAUCAAAUGGGAGAAGUUUUCUAGCCGGCUCAACGGCCAGUAUUGUUUGCAUCAUUAA